AGUCGCUCAGUCUAACCCUCGAGGGAGCGUCCCGGGAGCCGGGGCUCCGGAGCCAGCAGUCGCCGAGCGCCGGAGCUGGAGGUGAUUUCGGGUUGGGGAUGCUACAAGUACACAUUCCUUCUGUGGGGCCGGAGGCAGCGGAGCCAGAGAGGAACCUGGAGAAAGGACACAUGGUGUUCAGGGUGGAGGUCCUCUGCAACGGGAGAAAGCACACCAUUUAUCGGCGCUACAGCGAAUUCCAUGCCCUGCACAAGCAGAUUAAGAAGUCUUGCAAAGUGCCCGACUUUCCUCCCAAACGUGUACCUAACUGGAGGCACAAGGUUCUGGAGCAGCGACGACAGGGCUUAGAGGCUUAUAUCCAGGGUGUCCUGUAUCUCAACCAGGAAGUCCCCAAGGAAGUGCUGGAAUUCUUGAGACUUCGACAUUUCCCUUCAGAUUCCAAGACUAGCGACUUGGAGGCUCAUCUACCCCACAGGCCAAUCCUGAAAUUCCACAGGGAUCCCUACCUUCAAAGCCCUUCUCUGGAGCCAAUCCCCGACGUGGUGGUGAGCGGCGUGUUGCAGGGCCUCUACAGUGGCAAUGGAUGCCCCCACGUGGCCCAAGGGAAGGACCCCUAUUUCACACCACCCCUGCUACAGCGGAGGCCUUAAAGCGAGCAGAACUCCCCCAUCGGCUCUGCGUCCCUUCUGCUCUCCGGCUGUGACCCUGAUUGAUGGGCGAGUUCUGAGGGACUCGGGAAACAGGAAGAACACAAUAAAGGCAGAGUCUCUUGGGGAUGAGCCCCAGAAAACGGGCUGUUUAUAUUGGAGGAAAGGAACCACAGCGGGGAAGAAGCAAGGGCCUAUUGUACAAGGUGAGAGCAUGGAGCUGAGAAUGAGGUCGGAUGCUGACAAGUGAAGCAAAAACGUCACUCCUUGGAAAUGCAGUUGCUGGACAGGCCCAGGCCCAGGCCCAGGGCAGGAAGAGCUCUCUGGCCUGCUUCCGAAGGCAUAGGGGAAGGGAGAAAGAAGAGAAGGGAGGCAAAGGAAGGAACCCAGUUCUACAGGAAACAAGCCCUACUAUUCCCUCAAGAACUUCCAUGGGGAUGGUGGUUCUAGGCUGGGCUAAGCUUAGAUGCUUAUUAAGGGCAGGGGAUGAACCCGGCCCACUCACUUUCUAUUAAAAAAUGUUUUCUUCUUUA